GGUCAAACUUUUAGGCCUAAUUGAACUUGAAGAUGUCAGAAGAUUGUUAUAAACAACUCAUCUGCAGUCAGCAAGAAUAUUUGAAAUGUGAGGAGAAAAUGAAGUAAUCACGAGUUUAUUUUCCCUAAUUCGCUCAGGCGGGAAUGAUCGGUUUCAGCACCUCAUCCGUAGACAGCGACCACCUGUUUCUUUCUCCACGUAGUCUCGUUUCACACGGAACAUUCUAGUUAUCCGAUAGGCCAAACAAAUGGUUCGUUAGUCGUACGCAUUAUAGGAUACAAAAUAAUAGAUAAUAAAUAUAAAACACAUAUUUGUUUAUGCAUUCUAUGUCAAUAUGUUAACGUGCUCUCGUGACUAAAGAAACCACCGAGUGUCGCUGUAGACCACGAUUAAGACGCUUUGUGAAACUCCACCUCUAUGAUGUCCAACCAGGGAGAGCAGAAUAGAAAGCAACGACAUGGGAUCCUUCAGCUGAGAAAAUCCUCGCCAUCAUCAGUGUCGCUCGAAUAUUAUGUUGUGGACUUGUCUUUGAUGCAAAUUACCUGGCACUGCGCAAGAAUACAGGGCAAUGAUGAAGCAUGCAAUCCUAAAGAGUUUUGCGAGGACCUGGAUUGUAUUCCUUCUUUGUUUAUGGGAUAUGUCGUCCGGUAAGAUUGAGUUUUCCAUCUCAGAGGAGGUGAGCCAAGGAACUGUGUUUGGAAACAUAGCAAAAGAAUUGAACAUUAAUGUUAAGGAAAUGGAAACACGCAUGUUUCAGAUUGUAUCCGGAUCUACCGCGAACUAUUUUGAUGUUAAAUUAACAACAGGAGAACUGUUUGUCAAAGAGAGAAUCGACAGAGAGCAGGUUUGUGGAAACAAUUUGAAGUGUACCUUAACAGUAGAGGCAGUGGCUCAAAAUCCUCACAGUCUUUACAGAAUUCAAAUACAUAUUUUGGAUGUAAAUGACAACGCACCCACGUUUCCUGGUAGUUCGCUUACCUUGAACAUAACCGAGGUUGCUACCCUCGGAGAAAGGUAUCACUUGCCCAUAGCAGAGGACCCCGACACAGGAAGUAAUUCUUUAAAAGGCUACCGACUGAGUCCCAAUGAAUAUUUCUCUUUGGAAACUCAGAGCGAGGGUGUGCAAGGUAUAUCUGCUGAAUUAGUGUUAAAAAAAUCAUUGGAUCGCGAAAAACAGCCUUUUAUAAAACUCCUAUUGACAGCGUUUGAUGGAGGUAAACCACCAAAGACCGGUAGCAUAGACAUCAUAAUAUAUACAUUUGAUGUAAACGACAAUAAUCCUGUGUUUACUAAGACUCUUUAUAAAGUUCAGGUGACUGAAAAUGUUCCCUUUAGAACCAAACUAAUCACGGUAACCGCCACAGAUGCAGAUGACGGCAUGAACAGCGAGAUUGAAUACUCGUUAAUUGGAAACCGAAAUGUAAAAGCUUCUGAAAAAUUCAGCAUAACGCCAGACACUGGAGAAAUACACACGCAGGGACAAAUUGAUUACGAGGAAAGCCCUGCUAUUGAACUGCGAGUCCAAGCGAAAGACAAGGGCUCUCCACCACGUAGUGCACAAUGCAAAGUUUUAGUGGAGGUGAUAGACAUUAAUGACAAUGCUCCAGAAAUAACCAUAACACCCCUGCUGCAAACUGUGAGAGAGGAUACAACGCCAGGGAAAGCUGUUGCUCUUGUUACAGUUUCAGAUCAGGACGGAGGGAAAAACGGAGACAUAAAGUGUACCAUCAAAGAUUUAAUCCCUUUCAAACUCGACUCUAACUAUGAUAACCAUUAUUCUUUAGUUGUAGAUAGACCACUGGACAGAGAAAGAGAUUCCCACUACAACGUCACCAUCAUAGCCACAGACGGUGGCACCCCGCCUCUCUCCAGUGCUAGUGAUUACAUUAUUUAUGUCUCUGACGUUAAUGACAAUGCCCCACAAUUCCCAGAGCCUGUGAUAAAUGUAUGCCUAAAAGAAAACACUCCUGUCGGAAGCCUUAUGGCGACAGUUAGUGCUUUCGAUCCAGAUUUGAACGAAAAUGCCCAAGUAUCUUACUCAUUAGUUGAAAACAAAAAAAGUGACACCUCUGUGUCAACCAUGAUGAAUGUCAAUUCUUUAAAUGGGGACAUAUACAGCAUGCAGUCUCUAAACUAUGAAGACGUUAAAAAGUUCGAUUUUCAAAUCCAAGCAACAGACUCUGGUGUCCCUGCAUUAAGCAGUAAUGUGACUGUACAUGUUCUCAUCUUAGAUGAAAAUGACAACAGCCCUGUUAUUCUCCCGCCGUAUUCUGACCAAGAUUCCGUGAACUCUGAGAACAUCCCCUACUCUGCUGAAGCGGGCUACUUUGUGGCCAAGAUCAGGGCUGUGGACGCUGACUCUGGCUACAAUGCGCUUCUCUCUUAUCACAUCUCUGAACCCAAAGGCACGAACCUCUUCCGAAUCGGAACCAGCUCUGGAGAAAUAAGGACCAAGAGACGUAUGAGUGAUAGUGACUUAAAAACACACCCGCUUAUCAUAACAGUGACUGACCAUGGAGAGCCCCCUCUCUCUGCUUCUAUGUCAAUUGAUGUUGUGGUUGAAGAGGACACAGGAGACAAGCAGACAUCUUUCAAACAAGUGCCACUAAUUGAGGACACAUUUUCAGAUCUCAAUCUUUAUCUGCUCAUCGCCAUCAUCUCAGUAACAGCGAUCUUCCUAGUGAGUCUCAUCACUUUAAUAGCAGUGAAAUGCCACAGGACUGAUGGUAUUUUCAGCAGCUGCAGCGCCCCCAUGAUCACCACUCACCCAGACGGGAGCUGGUCUUACUCUAAAACUACCCAGCAGUAUGACGUGUGUUUUAGCUCUGACACACUGAAGAGUGACGUGGUGGUGUUCCCAUCACCGUUUCCCCCAGCAGACGCAGAACUGAUCAGCAUCAACGGGGGUGACACUUUUAUGCGGACACAAACUCUUCCUAGUACUGAAAAGAGGAAGAUUCCUUUCACUACAUCCGAAACAGGCAAGUACGAGAAAUAAGCAAGAGUAAGGGACAACGAUGGGUGUUUCAGUUGGAG